UCGCAGACCUUACAGUACACCCACUCGCAACCCCGUGGAGCACGGCGGCCGUCACUAUAAAAAUCUGCACCCGAAGCUCGCGACUCGAACUCUUCCGAUCGCACGGUCAGUCGGCGCUCGUGGUUGUUACCAACGCAGAAGACAAUAAUAAUAUACAGCCUACGGCUAUCAAAACAAUACGCUAAAAAAUAUACACACGAUACACAAUAUCCAAACGUUUCGGUUUUCUUCUUCGGUUGUUGCUGCACAAAGACGAUGGCAAGUAAACUGUCCGUGUUGUUUCUCGUCGGAUUCGUGGCCGCUGUGGUCGUCGCACCGUAUAUGAUGGCCGAGGCGAGAUACCUACCCACCAGAGGAAACGACGACCGGUUGACCAGAUUGAAAGAACUGCUGACGGAUUUAUUGGACUCAGGCGCCCAACCCAACUUGGAGAUGGAAAGACCAUACGUGGACGUGAAUGGUGAUUUUAGCAGACUAAGACCCAGAGAAUACAACAUACCUGAAAAGUCAAUAAUGGAACUAUUCAACCCGACAGCGCCACACCAUCAGAGGCCUAGGUCUUAAAGAUGCGAAACUAAUUUUUAAUUUAAAAAUAUACAUAUAUACAAUAUACAUAUACAAACUGUCUUAAGUCCGUUUGUUUUUUUCCAUUUAAGUUAUUUUAUCGCUUUUCAAAGCCAAAUAAAUAUUAUUAUACUUAUACCUUUAAUAUUUUUCGUCACAAAAUAAAAUGUAGUCUGUAGGUAUUACUGCGUGAACAAUCUAUUUUCCUCUUAAAAAUGUAUUAACUAAAACUGUAAGUUUGAAUGAUAUAUCUUAUGUUUGAAAUUUGAAUUGUUCCACAUGUUAAUGGAAAAUAAAUAAACGUUCGC